AGCUGCUCGCAGCAGCCUCGGCUGCAGCAGCCUCGCAGCAGCAGCCAACCCCAGACCUCAAGUGGAUGAAUGCCUCUGGAAGUGUUUUCUUGGAGGAACCCAUCAGGCAGUGGAAGACUGUGGCAGGGCUAGUGAACUUAGAUGGGGAUUUCCUCUCCUGCAGUUGAGCUGGCUGGAGAGAUACUUUAGUCCUGCCUUCCCAGUUCUGCGCCCAGCACAAGCAGUUUUGAAAAUUUAAGUGCAAAAAGCAUGACAAAGCAAUAUGAGGUUGCCGUGCAGGUAAUUGCUGCCAUGGAAACACAACUGUCUAAUGGGCCAACUUGCAAUAACACAGCCAAUGGUCCAACUACCAUAAACAACAACUGCUCGUCACCAGUUGACUCUGGGAACACGGAGGACAGCAAGACCAACUUAAUAGUCAACUACCUUCCUCAGAACAUGACACAGGAGGAACUAAAGAGUCUCUUUGGGAGCAUUGGUGAGAUAGAGUCCUGUAAGCUUGUAAGAGACAAAAUAACAGGGCAGAGCUUGGGAUAUGGCUUUGUGAACUACAUUGACCCCAAGGAUGCAGAGAAAGCUAUCAACACCCUGAAUGGACUGAGACUUCAAACCAAAACAAUAAAAGUAUCUAGAAAUGCAGUAUCAGUUUUGUGCUUUAAAGUGGCUUUUUUAGAAUUACCAGUUAAGCAUGAACUUGACCCUUAA